AUGAAGAUCAAGAUGAAGAUCAAGAUGAAGAUCAAGAUGAAGAUCAAGAUGAAGAUCAAGAUGAAGAUCAAGAUGAAGAUCAAGAUGAAGAUCAAGAUGAAGAUCAAGAUGAAGAUCAAGAUGAAGAUCAAGAUGAAGAUCAAGAUGAAGAUCAAGAUGAAGAUCAAGAUCGAGAUGAGAAUCAAAGAUAAAAUGAGAUAG